CAGUUCUUUCCUACACAUUGAAACUCCACAGGACGGCAGUGAAACUCGUACGACGACAAGGGUGGGGGAAGCAAGAGUUGACUUGACCCAAUAGGGCUCUGUUGCCGGAGAUUGCCGAAGUGAAGGGAAACGAGCGAGAGGUGUCGCCUCGGCGUUGCCGGAGAUUGCCGAAGCGGGUUCGGCUGCUGGAGGUGCGGGUGGUUUGCCGAAGUUGCGCCUGGUGCUGAGUGCGUCCCGAAGCCUGGCUGGCGGAGCUGAGAAAGCGGCGAAGAGAGGGGGCGAGCUUUGAAACUCAUCAGCGCAACAAACCUGCCCGCGAUCCCAGCGUGAAGCGGAGCAAGCGGGAGAGACAAGCGCCAGGCACAAGCGUUACAGAAUCAUUGGAAAAGUGCAAAGACUGCCUUGCGAACUGACAAAUCGGACAGACCUAACGCCGCAGGCAAAACCGACCUCAACGUUUUGCAUCGAGAGAGAGGGAGAGAACACACGUUAGCAGCUCUGAAUGGUUGCGAUGGUCUGUCUUCCCGUUCCUGAGUGACUGAAUUGGAGGGAAUUUCACAGAGUCUUUGACCAACGCAGCAGAUUGGCAGCAGGCGGCCAGCAGAGUUGGCAGGCUGAUCACAGAGUUCCCCGGAGCGCCUGAUUAACUGCACCGUGUACCUCGGCCGGGCUAAAGGCAGUGAGCAGAGGGAGCUGCAGAGGGCAUCCAAAUACCAGGGAGAUGGUUGUGUUGGCUGGCGUAGGGUGGCAGAUUGCUGUGACCCUGUUUGUACUGCUCUCUCUACACACCGGAGGUAACUGUUUGGACAACAUGCUUCUACGAAGUACGGGCAAGCUGAGUGUGGAAAACAAGGGGGAGUAUGGAGACAGCACAGUGUCAACGCCUCCUCAGAGGGAUCUGUGGUGUCACUGCCACCACCAUUGUCCUGAAGAGUCUGUGAACAACACCUGCAAAACAGAUGGCUACUGUUUCACCAUCAUGGAGGAAGGAGACUCUGGAGGGCAUGUCAUCACCUCUGGAUGUCUGGGCAAAGAGGGCUCGGACUUCCAGUGCCGGGACACACCCAAGUCAUCGCAACGGAGAGCGAUCGAGUGUUGCACAGACCGAGAUUUCUGCAAUCGAGAUCUACACCCCACCCUUCCACCCCAGGACAGCAUAGAUUAUGUGGACGGAAGUACUCAUCACAUGGCCCUGCUCAUCUCUGUCACGGUCUGCUGUAUCAUCCUGGUCCUUCUCAUCACCUUCUGCUACUUCAGGUAUAAGAGGCAGGAGGAAAGGCCACGAUACAACAUGGGCAUUGAGCAAGAUGAGACUUUCAUUCCUGCAGGUGAAUCCCUCAAGGACCUCAUUGAACAGUCACAGAGCUCGGGCAGUGGUUCCGGGCUCCCUCUGCUGGUACAAAGAACAAUUGCUAAGCAGAUCCAGAUGGUGAAGCAGAUUGGGAAGGGCCGUUAUGGUGAAGUGUGGAUGGGGAGGUGGCGCGGAGAGAAGGUGGCUGUGAAAGUCUUCUUCACCAUGGAGGAGGCCAGCUGGUUCAGGGAGACGGAGAUCUAUCAGACUGUGCUCAUGAGGCACGACAACAUCCUGGGUUUUAUUGCUGCCGAUAUCAAGGGGACGGGGUCGUGGACACAGUUGUACCUGAUCACGGAUUACCACGAGAACGGCUCGCUCUAUGACUAUUUAAAGUCUACCACUCUCGAUACAAAAGCCAUGCUGAAGCUGGCUUACUCCGCUGUAAGUGGACUGUGUCACCUGCACACCGAGAUCUUUGGCACGCAGGGGAAGCCGGCCAUCGCCCACCGCGACCUGAAAAGCAAGAACAUCCUGGUGAAGAAGAACGGGAUGUGCUGCAUCGCAGACCUGGGGCUGGCCGUUAAAUUCAUCAGUGACACUAAUGAAGUAGAUAUACCCCUCAACACCAGGGUAGGCACCAAGCGCUACAUGGCUCCAGAGGUUUUGGAUGAGAGCCUCAACCGCAACCAUUUCCAGUCGUACAUCAUGGCGGACAUGUACAGUUUUGGUCUGAUCCUGUGGGAGAUAGCACGACGCUGCGUGUCUGUAGGUAUUGUUGAGGAAUACCAGCUACCUUACCAUGAGUUGGUGCCCAAUGAUCCAACCUUUGAAGACAUGAGGGAAGUUGUAUGUAUCAAGCGGCUCAGGCCUUCGUUCCCCAAUAGAUGGACCAGUGAUGAGUGCCUGAGGCAAAUGGGGAAAGUUAUGACCGAAUGCUGGGCUCACAACCCAGCCUCCCGACUGACAGCCCUGCGAGUGAAGAAGACCUUGGCUAAGAUGUCCGAGUCUCAAGACAUAAAGCUCUGAUGUCUCCACCCGCCACCUCCCAGGAUACCAGCUCCAUCCCAGAAGGAGCCGCGGGCAGCGCCCAACCCACCGCAGCUGGGGGGGAGGAGCAUGACCUCCACCUUUUUCAAACCUCUUUCCUUCUCGUUGUCUCGAAUCACAUCGCCGUUGACUCGGUGCCACGGCGAGGGAGAACUGCACUGCCCAAAUCACCGGCAACAUCCCCACGGGCAUCCACGGGUUAUAAAUUUCAUUUCUGUUUUUGCUUGCGUCUAUUGUGAGAAGCAACAGCUAUUCAGAGUUCAACGCAUUGGAGGUUGCAUGCCUGCUUUCUAUGAAAGCUCCUAAUGUCAAUUUUUUAAAAUAAGUAUUUAAGCAUCACAAGACUCAGACGGCAUCUUGAGUCUGUUCUGAACUGUGCAUCAGCUGGGUGGGUUGUCCAGCCUGUUCACUCCAAGCACACCAACUCCAACUCCAAGACACUUCUCUUGGUUGACACUGGUUGUAACACAACAAAAGCUUUUCACUGUACCUCGGUACAUGUGACAAUAAACUAAACUCAAAAUCAAACUCUGUUUAGCUGACAUGAGCUUUGGAAAGACUGAGGUUUGGGCAACUGGUCUCAUAUGCCUCUUGAUUACUACCUUAAACCCAAGUUGCAUCGAUGUUGGAGAACCUUCUCGGGAGCCUUUAUUGAGGCAAGAUCUGGGGUCAUGGAACCUGCCACCGUUACCUUCCACCUGAAAUCUUUCGCUCAUCUUCUGUCCAUGGGAUCUGACUGUCACUGGCAACGUUUUUUGCUCAUUUUUGGUUAGCCUCCAGGGGGUGGUAGUGAGCCAUCUGCUUGCAGCCCAUGUGCUGAGGGAGUUCCCUCAGUACUGAUGGACAGGGGCAUUCCAGGAUUUGGACACAGCAACGGUGAAGGAAUGCCGAACAAUUUGCCCAGCCAUAACGCGGAGGGACUCGGAGAGGGAUCUGCACCGGGUGAUGUUCCCAUCUUCCUGCUGCCCUUGUCCUUCUUGGGUACCAGAACUCAUGAUCUGUAGAAACCUGGAUGUGUAAUUACUGUGCAUUGCUAUUGACACACACUGUAGCCAACGCGAGCCAGUGAUGCAGGGAAUGAUGGUGUAGAUUGAUGUAGAAGCAAGGAACUGCUGAUGCUCGUUUACAAAAGAAGACACAAAGUGCUGGAGUAACUCAGCAGGUCAGGCAGCAUCCAUGGAGAACAUUUUGGGUUAGGACAAUUCUUUAGACCGAUUGUGUGGGGGGGUAGUAAUCAAUCUGAAGAAGGGUCCUGCCCUUAAACAUCACAAAACAUCAUCUAUCCAUGUUCUCCAGAGAUGCUGCCUGACCCACUGAGCAGCUCCAGCACUAUGUGUCUUCUCUUAGAAUGAUGGAUUGGACUAUUAGUUCCUCUAACUAAAUAGCAGUUGGAGAAGAACACCCUUGAUGGGAGUUUAGUUUUAGAUAUACAACAUGGAAACAGGACCUUUGGCCCACCAAGUCAGCGCUGACCAACCAUUACCCCGUACAUUAGUUCCAUCCUACACACUAGGGACAAUUUACAGAUGCCCAUUAACCUGCGAACCCGCACGUCUUUGUGAUGAGGGAGGAAACCGGAGCACCUGGAGUAAAAACCCACGUGGUCAUAGGGAGAACGUGCAAACUCUGUACAGACAGCAUCCAUAGUCAGGAUCAAACCCAGGUGUCAAGCGCUGUAAGGCAGCAACUCUGUGUCACUGUGCCACCCUAAGUUGAAGGUGAUGGAUGUUACAAGGUACAACUUACCAGAAACACACAGGGAUUUAUAUCCUGGUCUAUUCUUCAUUGUCAUUCUCAGCCGCAGUGUGAAACCAUCUUCAGAUGACGCGACUGCCCAGACUCAGCUACUCAUGAGAAAGUGGUUGAGGCUCAGUAAGGGCAGGACACACGGGCCUCAGCACAGACUGAUGACAGGGUUGGGUGGGUGGUUGUACGUGACUGUGCCGACACCCAUUCUCUCCGACUAGUUACCCUCUCUCCCCCCUCCCCCCCCACUCGUCAUUCUACGUUCCACUGUUAGCAUCCCUUUAUCUCCGUUAGCACCUCUUUCCCCGCCAACAACGGGCCAUUAUAGGCUCCACCCUGUCAUCUAUUGCCGGCCCCGAUUUGUUCUGGCCUUUUCCUACCUCUAGCUUCCACCCCGCCCCCUCUACUUUCAGUCUGAAGAAGGGUUCCAACCUAUUCCUUCUCUCCAGGGAUGCUGCCUGGCAUACUGAGUUACUCCAGCAUAUUGUGUAUCCUGAGAAAGCCCACGCAGGUCAUGGUCAGAGCAUACAAACUCCUCACUGACAGCACCCGUAGUCAGGAUCGAACUUGGGUCUCGCUCUGUGAGGCCCAUGGAUAGCGAGGUUUUACAUCAGGACCAAGGUCUUGGGAGGUGAUGCCUACAAGAUGAAGCAAGCCCAUCUUAUUAUAAGCAAAGCGCAAUAGACCACACGAACAUACUGAAUCUCCUUCAUUUUCAAAAGAAAUAGAGGGCAUUGAUGUGCUUCCUUUAUGAUAGCAUCAAUGUGCUGGGACCGGGACAGAUCUUCAGAGAUAAGCACGCCCAGGAACUUGAGUCUCCGUCACUUAUCUCUGAUCUUGUAGAAACUAUGUGGUGUGGCCUCAGCUUCCUCCUCACCAAUGCCACUCUCUGUCCAAUAUCAGUAUAAUCAUCUUAUAGAGGUGUGGGUGAUCUUACAGAGGUGUACAAAAUCAUGAGAGGAAUAGAUCGGAUAAACGCUCAAAUUCUCUUGCCCAGAGUCGGGGAAUCGAGAACCAAAAUACAUAGUUUUAAGGUGAGGGAGGAUAGAUUUAAUAGGAACCUGAGGGAUAACCUUUCCCCACAAAGGGUGGUAGUUGUUUGGAACCAGCUGCUGGAGGAGGUAGUUGUGGCAGGUAUUAUUGCAUUGUUUAAGAAACAUUUAGACAGGUACGUGGAUAGGACAGAUUUAGAGGGAUAUGGGCCAGACGCAGGCAGGUGGGAUCAGUGUAGAUGGAGCAUAUUGGCUCGGCGUGGACAAGUUGGGCCGAAGGUCCUGUUUCCACUCUCUACGACUCGAUGACUCUAGUGGAAUUCCUGGCACAAAGUAGAGGUGUCGUCCUCAAUCAGGCUCGGCAACUCGAAAAAUUCGUGGACAAUGAAAGCACAAUGUUAAAAUAACAAUUGUUAAAAGCACAAAAUACAGAGCAGAUGAUUAGGUACAAACAGAAAUAUCAUAUGUAGACUGAAAAUUUUAAUGAUUUUUUAAGGUCCACCGUAUUUCAAUAGACUUUACUGAGGUAAUUUUGAGCAACUAAUUCAGCACAAACAGGUUGCUAAACCAAGAUUGUGGGUCAAUAUGCUAUCUUACCAAAUGCACCAAAGCAUAUUAUUUCCAGAUCAUCUUACAAGGAGAACAUUUCAUAAAUACACAAAGUUCUCAAAAUUACGUAUGUAGUAAGAAACUGCAGAUGCUGGUUUCUACCGGUUAGACACAAAAUCCUGGAGUAACUCUGCGGGUCAGGCAGCGUCUCUAGAGAAAAGAAAUAGAGGUGAUUUAUUUGGGUCCGAUGAAGAGUUCCGACACGAAACGUCACCCAUUCCUUUUCUCCAGAGAUGCUGCCUGACCCGCUGAGUUACUGCAACAUUUUGUGCCUAUAUUCGUUCUCAAAAUUACACUUCCGAAUAAACUGUACUUUCUCCAGAGAAGCUGGGGAGGUCUGAUUUCAACGUCUAGAUGUUAGUGUUUAAGCCCUGCAAAUGAGAAUUUGCUUUCACUGUGUUAAUGAUCGCAAACUCCAAACCAUUGAUCAUAAUCAUAAUCAUGCUUUAUUAGACAAGUAUGUUUUGCAACGUACGAGGAAUUUGAUUUGCCCAACAGUCAUACCAAUAAAAAUGAAUGAGACACACGAAAUACAUUUUAACAUGAACAUACACCACAGUGACUCCUCCGCAUUCUUCACUGUCAUGCAUGGCGAAAAAAAGUUCAAUCUCUUCCCUUCUUUGUUCUUCUGCUGUCGGGGGCCCUCGAACCUUCCGUUGAAGGGACGAUCUUGGCUCCCGUAACCCAUCCGUGUCAGGGUGAUCAAGUUCCCACAUCGGGGGGGAUCUCAGCUCCCCCGCAUCGGGCGAUCAGACCCCGGUGGGGGCUGGUCGAACCUCUUGCGACUUUGGAGCUUCCCGACAUCAGUCUCUACCCGAGACUGCAAGCUCCUCGAUGGUGAAAUCCGCAGGCCACGGUUGGAGCGUUGAUCCCAGGCAAGGGAUCGCAGGCUCCGAUGGUAAAUCCACGUCCCUGCAGUGGGGCUCAAAGUCAGUCUCGAGCAAGGCCUCCAGCUCCAUGAUGUUAGGCUGCAGAGCGACCAGAGAUACGAUCUGGAAAAUAAUCGCAUCUCGGGCAAGGUAAGAGAUUGAAAAAAAAGUUUCCCCCAAACCCCCCCCCGCCCAACCCCCACAUAAAACAAAUCAGGGAACAUUAACACAAACUUUUAAAACACACUAAAAAUAGCACAAAAGACAGUUGGAUGGCGAGGCUGCCAUCGCUGAUGGUGCCACCCAGUGGAUUGAAUUGAUUGUAAGAUAUAGCAUGGAAACAGGCCCUUUGGCCCAUCGAGUCCAUGCUGAAUAUUGAUCACCCGUUCAUUGUUCUAUAUUAUCCCACUUUCACAUCCACUCCCGACACACCCGGGGACAAUUUACAGUGGGCCAAUUAACCUACAAACCCGCACGUCUUUGGGACAUGGGAGGAAACUGGAGCACCCGGAGAAAACUCAAGCGGUCACUGGGAGAAUGUACAAACUCCUUACAGACAGCACCCGAGGUCAGGAUCGAACCCGGGACACUGAUGCAGGGAAGCAGUGGCUCCACCAUCUGUGCCACAACUCCAAAUCUGAUUUGUUAAUACAAGGCCUGUGAACAUUGGACAUUCAGACGCCCAAAUAGAAAAAAAAAAGAUUAGGUGCAACAUACAAGGUCAUGAAUUACUUUGCUUUAAAAAACUAUAAUCCCUUAAUAGAUAAACCUGUGUCUGAGUAGAUUGUGCUCUCCUUGUUUUAAUUCUCUCUCUUUUAUCCUCACCCUUUGCAGUUAAGACUGCAAGACUCUAGUGUUUAAGUUUCAGAUUGGAGUCAAAGGGAAUAGUUCUGUGCUGCAUUGUUGAGUCCGUGUUAAAUAGGGAAAGAUAGAUCAGCCAUGACUGAAUGGCGGAGUAGACUCGAUGGGCCGAAAGGCCGAUUUACGCUCCUAUGACUUACAAACUUAUGGAAAAGUGUGGCAGUGAGCAACUUCAGUUGUGUGUUACAUUGCCAGUCACACCCCUCUCUCCCAUCUUCCUCCUAUCUCCCCCACCCCGCCCCACCCUUCCACCCCCUUCCCCUUCUCCGUCAGUCUCAGAUAGGAUCAAGGAUAUGCCAUCGGUGCUUUGUGAGCCAAGGUGAACUGGGACAGCUGAGAGGAUAGGAGGGAGAUUCUCUCUCCCGCAUGGGUGCGGUUAGCUUCAACCUCUGCCUCAGAUUAAAACUGAAGCUGACAAUGAUGCAGAAGCAACAGGAGUUGGCAGAGAAUGUUGUAUUUUGUUAUGCUACUAAUGAAACUCUCGAUUGUAUAACUGGAAGCAAACCAUUGUUUUUUUUUUACAUCUGUACAGAUGAAAUUUGAAAAAUAGAAAGCUGCAGUACACUGGGAGACAGUGCCUUAUUUAAACUGUACAUAAUUGUAAAUCAGGAUUAGAAGAGAAUAUUAGUUGUAUAUGCUCGAAAUAUGUACUGUGUUUAUCAUUUCCCUAAUAAAACAAAUUCAGACAACUCCACCUUCCAA